CCUAAACAUAGAUUGCCAACGGCGCGACAUAAAUGACAAGAUCAUAACGAGAAUCAUUGAGGAAUCCAUACUCCACUUCAUAACACACAUCGUUCCUCCUUUCCACAAUAAAGCAUCGAGAAACGGUCCCAACAAUGGCAACGCCAUAUAUUUCUGUGACGGAUACUUCAACAUUUAUCACAACAGAACCUGAAACAAGAUAUGAUAAUGGCCACCCGAAUUCACCGUGGAGGAGAAUCGCAAUUAUUCCCAUAUGGUCGUGGGAGUUGGGUUUCCUAGCAGUUAACACCAUAAUCACAGGCAUGCUGAUUGGCAUCACCGAGAGUGGAAGUGGACCUGGGAAGAAUGAAGUACAGCCUUGGACAGUCCUCAACAUCGUUUUUGCGUUAAUCGCUUUAGGCAUGACCUGCGGAGAAGUCAUGGUCUUCGUAUACCACGAGCUGACUCCGAAAUUCUUCCUGAUCUCCACUGUUGCGAAAAUGGUCGUUGGAAUUAUACCUAUAGGAUUCCAGAUCUAUGUCGCGCAAACACCAUGGGUACACCAAUCAAACACACCCAAUAUCGCGUAUCUUUACACCGCAUUUGGGUUUAGCAUUGCAGAAUAUAUUGGCUACAUUGCUGCGCUGGUAUAUGGGAUAUACGUGUUCAAGAACGUGAGGAAUCACAUGGAGGGGCUUUACAGCAGUUAUUCGGCGGACUCGGAGAGGACACGAUUAACCUACUCAUAUACGUGAGCAGCAUUGCCCAGACCGCGGGCACGACAGCUGUAUAUAUUUGGCGGGAAUAUAAAUAGAAGGAGAUAAAUUAUACCCAGGGCGCAAAGGCGAACCCGAACAUCAAAAACAUUCUCUCCGCAUGAGCGAAGGCUGCUGGAUCUGGC